AUGUCUUACACACCCGAAGUGACCUGGGCGCAGCGCUCGUCCGAUUCCGACGAGACUCGCAACUACCUCUGGGUCUUCAUCAACGUUCCCGAUGUGCCGCCGUCGUCAGCAGACGUCAAGGUCACCUCGACGAGCGUCUCUUUCACCGGUACAGAUAUCAAGGAAAAGAAGUACAGCGUCACGCUUGAACUCUACGCCGAGAUCGACACGGAGAACAGCAAGACCCACCACACUCCCCGUGGUGUCGAGAUGGUGCUGCGGAAGAAGACGCUGGGCCUGGAGUACUGGCCUCGCCUUUUGAAGGAGGCCAAGAAAGUUCACUUUGUCAAGACUGACUUUGACAAGUGGAUCGAUGAGGAUGAGCAAGACGAGGCUGUGGAUGACGACUACGCAGCCAACUUUGGUGGCUUCGGCGGCGAGGAAGGCGGCCUCGGUGGCAUUGAUUUCUCCAAGCUUGGUGGAGGCAACCUAGACGGUGCUCUUGGCGGUGAGGAAGAAGAGGAAGGUGACGAAGAUCUGCCAGAACUCGAGGGCGAUGAGAAGUCCUCAGGCAAGAAGAUCGAGGAGCUUUCUUAA